GUCAAUGGAAAAAGGAAAAAUUAACAAAACAAUUAGAUUUUCGUUAAAUAAAUUGAAAGUUUUGCUUUAGAAUAAUUAAAUAAAAAUAACAUUAAUGUUACCCAAUCUAAUAACCGUGGACCCUAAUAUAAACGUGGAAAUGUGCGGCGAGUCCUGCCGUGUGGCACGGUCUCCGUCUCACGAGUCGGUCACGACCGAUCUGUCACUGUUCAGUGUGUCUUCAGCAGCCAGUGAUGCAAGAGUUCUCCGACUACUUGCUUGUAAGGCCGGCCAAGGACCUGAUCCGACUCUAAGGGUCGCCAGCCCUAACCCUGACAGUAAAUAUGCCAAGUCGGGGGGGCGCGCGGACAGCUGCCGCGACGUGCUGGCGGGGUGCGCGGCGCUGUGUGCACAGCUCGGCCUCAGGCGGUCCUUUAGCGCCGCCGACGUCGCCGCCCCGCCCUCCGCAACGCCAGUCCGCAGUGCGACCUCUGAGGUCGGCCUCUCAGCCGCCUUGGAAGCGAUGACACUGAACGCAGUCUCGCGCUCCUGCAGCACGUGGGUUGCGACAGGGGGGUCCCAGCUGCCGUCACCGCAGCGGAGUCAGCCCUCUCACCCGUCACCCAGACCGCUACCCAGCGACAAUAAGAAAGUAAGGCAGAACUACAUUAAGCGGAGGCUGUUGACCACGUACCGAGCUCUGGAGAGGAUGUCCCAGUCCGACUUCAACCUGGACAAACUUGAGGCCGCGGCGGCCGCGCACGCCGGGCCCAGCACGCUCGCCGUGCCGCGCCCGCGACACCCGCACCACGAAGCGGUGGAGACAGCGCUGACUGCGGCCGACCUGGAGAGGGACAGGCGAAGGCCCCUCUCGAAAUACGAGAGGAACAUGAUCAUUUUCAAUUGGCUACACACCCUUGAUGAGCCAGACCUGUAGGGGAGGUCGGCGUAUUCACACACAAGGGGGGUCUUUAAAAGACCUUUUCGCGAUUCGGGAGUUGGGGACGUGGAAAUUUCGACUCCCGAUCCUGGCGUUUGAAAGUCCAAACUAAUUUAAACCAAAUGACAACAAAGUGAAUACUAUUUAAAAACAUAAAAAUCCGCCAUUUUUUUGGAAUUUCAAAUUCGUGGAAACUAUAGAAACAAUAUGUUUUUUUUGCUGUUAUUACCAAUAACAAUAGAAUUGUUCGAAAGAUUGCGAGUUAAUAUUUAACUGAAAUACCUCGUUUGGGUUUGUACAGUUCAUCAGAACCUAAAGCUGUCCCCAAAUCUCACAGCGAAAUCGACACAAAAACAUUACCCGCUUUUAAACCGAUUCCAAUUUUUACCCCUAACGAAGCUACCAUUUCAAUCCUCGAAUGCCCAAACUGAUUCUUAUUGUUCGAUGUUUCAUUAGACUCAAUAUGCCACAUCAAUAGACAUUGCGUAUUGUCGUUUCCAGAAUUUUGUGUCAAAAUUUUGAUUUAACUUUGUUGGAAUCACGUGGUUUUGGGUCAAAUCUAAGAUCAGCCGAUGGGCGAUAUAGUAAGGGCCUUAUUAGGCCAGUUGUUUUGAUAUCGGCUCUUAAAGAACGCGGAGCAGUGAAGGCCUCAGAGAAGCUCUUAACCCUGUCGACAACAGACUGAGAAUCGGUUUUCAGGACUUGCGUAGAUCCGGGAUCCUCAUUGCCGACGGAUCUUAGGAGUUUGUUUCUCUCGAUUUGGGUUAUUAGAGAUAUUUCGACUAAAAAUACAACCGACUUCAAAGAAAUUCAAUGAGGCAUCAUCGAUAUAGGCCAAGUCAAUCGAAUAUGCAUUAUUAUGGAUAAUACAAUACUCAAAGACUAUACUGGUCGGAUCUUGGUACACCUUAAAUGGGUCCACUAAAGAAGCAUUGGAUCUCAAAUAAAAAAAAUCAUCAAUAUCGAAUUGGGUACAGGUAAUCCUGUUAAAACGCGCUAUUUUACAACGCGAUUCAAAUUUGAGACGAAAAGAAAAAUUCCCCAAAACUAUCGUAUAACGCGGUAUUUCUACAACACGAUAACGGGAUAUUUGUUGUAAUAAUUAUUUAGAAAAUUACAUUAGACACUAUGACACACACAAUAUUUGGAAAUAUCUGAAAUAUUACUGCUUAUUUUUUACAUAUAACAAAUAGGUAAAAACAUACACACAGGCAUAGUUGAGAUGUUUUAUUCAGAAAAAAUUACUCUCCUCUGUGUACCUACUGGCUCCUAGUCUCAUAUAACACGGGACUUUGUAGAAACGUAUCUACCGUGUUAUAAGGAGGGUUAUCGGUAGUUGCUUUUUUCUUUGAAGUCGGUUAAAAAUGGCGAAGUCUCAUGAAUGUGAUUCCACCGGACAGCGCUUAGUCUAAAUUUCGUCGUGACAUUCUUAUAUACAUUCCUUAUAUAUCGUUCCGUGAUUGUACAUAUUUACCUCAUAUCAAAUACUGUUGAGAAUUCAAAGAUUAUUACUGUUCCCGUUGUUAUAUGCGUGUGGUCGUAGAAAUGGUCUACUUAAGAUUUCGGUGGUGGUUCUGAAGGAUUUUUUUUUAUUGCUUAGAUGGGUGGACGAGCUCACAGCCC